AUGUCUUCAUUUCCCGGCCAAGCAUCCAGCUCUCGAGACCAUGCGAGCAAUGAAGAUGCACCGCAGAAACAUCCUCCUGGCGUGGUGCUGGACAAGGAUGGAAAGCCAUGUCGCACCUGCACUUCAUCUGCUGCAUGGAUGGCCAUGAUGAAAUCGUCUACCGGCAAAAAACCCAAGGCUAUCGUACCCGUCACCGCUCCUCCACCAGAUUGUCCACCGGACGUCGAAGAACUCGGUCGGUCAGCAUGGACCGUCCUUCACAGUAUGGCGGCUACAUAUCCCGCCGAUGCGCCUCCCGAAACCCAAUCAAUCAUGCAGCAAUUCCUGUCCACCUUCUCCAAGCUCUAUCCAUGUUGGGUAUGCGCAAGGGAUUUUCGGGAUUGGAUGGCCCAAGCAGGAAACGAACCGAGAGUGAAAGGUCAAGAUGAACUAGGCAUGUGGAUGUGUCAGGCUCACAAUGCUGUUAACGUCAGAUUGGGCAAGCCUGAAUUUGACUGCAGUUUGUGGAAACAAAGAUGGAAAGACGGGUGGAAGGAUGGGAGAUGUGGUUGA